AUCAAAGACAGGGAAAAGCAGGGUCCCUUUAUUUAGCGUGAUUGUGUGAAUAAAACAGAUAAAUGUGUGUCUUUACCGCAAUCUGAUGGCGAUUAGAAACUCGUUACAAAGUCGAAGUGGCAAUUUUCACGGACCAGCUUGAGCCACAGCGGGGGUUACUGGCAAGUUCCUGCGUAGAUUUAUGACCCCCCUCCGCAUCAUUCCCCCUCCCCUCAAAUCAAGGGAAGUAUCUUUAUAUGAUGAGAGAUGACCCGUUAGAAGAUACACUUGUUGAAUAGGACACGAAUUAUACAGUAGUAACCUAUCUCUAUACAUCAGUAUAAAAAAAAAUAAGAUGACAGAAAGUACGGAAAAGGAUGUACCUGCUUUUACGGUCGAAGAUGCUCAUUCACCUGUUGAUUUAACAAUAGCCGAUAAAGAAGAACGCGACAAAAAAGAAAAAGGAACCAAAAAGUUUGACAAACUCAAACUUUCAGAGGAAGAACUCGAGGAGAGGCGACGCUCAGCGAACUACAUGGAACGCCGCCGCAUGAAGAAAAUGUCGUCUGCCCUGGCGGAUCUGCGCAAGUGCAUCCCCCAACAAUACCAUUUGUAUCAUCGACGAAUGUCUAAAAUACGGACUCUUAGACUCGCCAUUGCUUACAUUAAAGCCCUAAAAGAUAUUCUGUUAAAAGACGACCAAAGACGCCAACUUGUCGCUAUGUCAUCACAGUCAUCUUUUCCUCAUGGCGGUAUGCGACUUCCCCAUGAACCGUUUUCUCCGAUGAGCAGCAGCAUGAUCAUCGCCGCUUAUGCCGCUCACGGAGCUCAAGUUCCUAAACGACAGCUUAUGUUUUCCCCGGAUCUCCGUUUCCAGGAAGUUCCCGAACCUCGUUUCCAGACGCCCAGAGUCCCUCGCCAUUCUGCCUACCAAACACCCGUCAAUAAUCCUAUUUAUGGACAGUCAUUUUUCCAGACCCCGGUGUUGAAUAAAACUGCCCCGGAACACACAAUAUCUUCCCCGGAGGAGGAAGAAAAGGAAGUAAAGCAGGUCGUAAUAGCCGGUUAUACGGUAUUCCAUAACAAGGAAGAUGGAACCUCCUGUCCGAUCGGAGCCUCUCGGAGUUCUUCCUGUAGAUACGUCACGGAGGGAUUUGAUGGAGUAUGUCCGCUACCAGAGGACGACGGGGCCAGGGAUCAAAUAUGAUCGAAUACCGAAGAUGUACACAUUUGCAGAUACCUGACAGUGCUAUAGGACCAUGUCAAAGAGAAUAGA